GGACUUUCCGCCCGAGUGGGAAAAUGGCGGAGGGCGCGGACGGGGCGGGAGGCGAACAGCACGAUCAGGCCGAGGGCAUGAAGGCCAAGGCCAAUCAGUAUUUCAAAGAUAAGGAUUAUGAUAAUGCCAUUAAGUAUUAUACACUGGCCAUCGAGCUGAACUCAGAGAAUGCUAUUUAUUAUGGAAACCGCAGCUUGGCAUACUUACGGACUGAAUGUUAUGGAUAUGCCUUGUCAGAUGCCACCAAGGCAGUGGAGCUGGAUAAGAAAUACAUUAAAGGAUACUACAGGAGGGCGACAGCCAACAUGGCACUGGGCAAGUUUAAGGCUGCGCUUAAAGACUACGAUACGGUCGUUAAGGUGAAGCCAAAUGAUAAAGAUGCUAAAAUGAAAUACCAAGAAUGUAAUAAAAUUGUCAAACAGAAAGCGUUUGAACGUGCAAUAGCAAACGAUGAACUGAAGAGAUCAGUGGUGGACUCUUUAGACAUAGAGAGUAUGACAAUCGAAGAUGAUUAUACUGGUCCGAAACUGGAAGAUGGGAAAGUCACUUUAAAGUUCAUGAAAGACCUAAUGCAGUGGUUUAAAGAUCAGAAGAAAUUGCACAGGAAAUGUGCUUAUCAGAUUCUGGUCCAGGUGAAAGAAGUGUUAUCAAAACUCCCAAGUUUAGUUGAAAUCACAUUGAGUGAGAAGGAGUCCAUUACCAUUUGCGGAGACAUUCAUGGACAGUACUAUGACCUGUUGAAUAUAUUUGAACUCAAUGGAUUACCUUCUGAGUCUAAUCCUUAUUUAUUUAAUGGAGAUUUUGUAGACCGAGGGUCAUUUUCCGUGGAGGUUAUAUUAGUCCUAUUUGGGUUCAAGCUGCUUUUGCCAAAUCACUUCCAUGUUCUCCGAGGUAACCACGAAACGGACAACAUGAACCAAAUGUACGGCUUUGAGGGUGAGGUGAAAGCCAAAUACACAUCACAGAUGUUUGAGCUGUUCAGUGAGGUCUUCCAGUGGCUGCCUCUAGCUCAGUGCAUUAACAGUAAAGUAUUGAUAAUGCAUGGAGGACUCUUCAGUGAAGAUGGUAUAACCCUGGAAGACAUCAAGAAGAUUGAUCGCAACCGACAGCCACCAGAUUCAGGUCCAAUGUGUGAUUUACUCUGGUCAGAUCCACAGCCUCAGAACGGGAGGUCGAUCAGCAAGCGUGGUGUCAGCUGCCAGUUUGGUCCAGACGUCACCAGCCGAUUCCUGGAAGAGAAUAAACUGGAUUAUAUCAUCAGGAGCCAUGAGGUGAAGCCAGAGGGCUAUGAGGUUACACAUAAUGGCAAAUGUAUCACUGUGUUCUCAGCGCCAAAUUAUUGUGAUCAGAUGGGAAACCAAGGAGCGUACAUUCACCUCACAGGCUCUGAUCUAAAGCCCAUCUUCCAUCAAUUUAAAACUGUGCCUCACCCGAAUGUUAAGCCAAUGGCGUACGCGAACUCACUACUGCAAAUGGGGAUGAUGUAGCAUCCGUGCAUCUGGUGUGGACAGUAUCCCCUCCCAUGGUGGGUGGGGCAUCAGGGUUUAAUUUAAUCUUCCUCACUAACUCUACCGUCUCCGAACCAAGUCUCCCACCUUCCCUGGGCCUUCGCUGACUUGGGCUCUCAGCAAGCGCAGGUUCCUCCUGGUGCACAGAGGCAAAUGUGUGUGACUCCUGCGCCCUCAUGCACACCACAACAACAUGUGUGCCCUUACAAGCAUGGUCUUAGAUCAACUUCUCAAUAUCUAGAUCAGUUAGGCUGUGCAGAAUAAAUCAAUUUUAAGUUCCCUACCUGCUGUAGUUUUUCUUUCAAUUUCCACAGGUAAACAGUUCCAUGACUGUUUUCACCCACUUCUCAAUGAUGUGGACUCUGAUUGGCUGCUCAGUCCCUCAGAUACACCUUUGCCCCACCCUAGAAGCUGCUCCGCAGUGCCCCAAAACUAAAAUUGCAAAAUCCAAAAAUGUAAACACAGAGUUAAUUGCGAUUGACCAUGGCUUCACACAGGGGAAGUAGCUCAUUGGCAAAAUACAGUAACUCCUGUGUGUGUGCCCCCUAUUCAUUCCUGGGAUAUUCAAGCUAUGGUGUGUUCUUUCCCUCUCCUAUCCCGACAAUAUGACUCCCCUGCAGGCAUCCCUCCCCAUCCCCUAUUUCCUGAUUUCUCACCCGCAUCCACCUUACCUUACUGGCUGAUUUACAUUGUUGGAAUUUCGGUGGGGCUAUUCUUGGUGGGGCUCAUCCCUCAAAAAUUCAAAAUCUCCUGGGAUCAGCAGUUUAUCAUUGAUUACAAUUUGGGUGUAGCCUGACAUGCUGUGGUUUUUCAGCCCAGAACCACUCCCAGGAAUGCCAAAACCAUCCUUGGGCCUGUGGGUUUCAGUGUAAUUUUACGUGUGCCACUCGGAAGGUGGUAUUGGAGAAGUCCAACAGCUCAAUUCAUGAAAGGGCAGACUCGGGAGAAUGUUUGAUCCAGUGGAAAACUGCCUUUGCUUUGGGGGGAGGGUGGUUGUAGAAGUUGCAACAAUCUGGGAGUGUAUGACUCUGUUUACUGCACCCUCGUCAGUGCAGUUGAGCAGCUGUGAUCCCUUAAGAAAGAUAUUACUGUAGCACCUUGAAGUGUGUCCCAAAAGUACUGUACAGCCUAUGAAGUAAAAUUUGAAAUGCAGCCACAGCUGUUGGAAAUACAGCAGCCAGUUUACACACAGAGCUUUUGCAAAGAAAUAGGAGCAGGAACGGGUAUUUGGCCCAUCAAGCCUACUCUGCUAUUCAGUAAGAUGAUGGUUCACUGCGCCUCCCCAUAUCCCUGGAUUUACUUUGUAUCCAGAAGAAUCUAUUGAUCUCAGUCUUGAGCGUACUCCAGUUUGUACGGAAUCCAAUAGAGCUCUUUACCCCGUCCCGCUUCAUUUAGGUUAAAAUCCUGUUAAUCAAUGAUGCACGCAGGACUAGUGUACACUAGCUGCUGCUCCUGCUGGAAUCCUGGUUUUCGGGCUGUAUAGAUUUCUGUUGGUUUGCUGAGCACUCCUAUAAUUGAAAUGUCCCUGACAGUUCCUUGAAUCAGGACAAUCCAUGCCUCAUCUUUUAGUCUCAAUCUUGCUUCUCUCUCUCUCGCUCUCACUCUUGCCUUCUUCCUGACACACACGUUUCAUGUGCAUAGAUCACACACAAACACACACACACACGAUCCACCCUGCCCACACACACACACACACACACACAUGAUCCACCCUGCCCACACACACACACACGAUCCACCCCGCCCACACACACACACACACAAUCCACCCCGCGCGCGCACACACACACACGAUCCACCCCGCACACACACACACACACACAUGAUCCACCCCGCCCCCACACACACACACACACACACACACACGAUCCACCCCGCACACACACACACACACACACACACGAUCCACCCCGCGCACACACACACACACAUGAUCCACCCCGCCCCCACACACACACACACGCGCGAUCCACCCCGCGCACACACACGCACGCACACACACGAUCCACCCCGCCCACACACACACACACACACACACGAUCCACCCCGCGCACGCACACACACACACACGAUCCACCCUGCCCACACACACACACACACACGAUCCACCCCGCCCACGCACACACACACACACACACGAUCCACCCCGCACACACACACACGAUCCACCCCGCACACGCGCACACACACAUACGAUCCACCCCGCGCACACACACAUACGAUCCACCCCGCGCACACACACAUACGAUCCACCCCGCGCACACACACACACGAUCCACCCCGCACGCACACACACACGAUCCACCCCGCACGCACACACACACGAUCCACCCCGCACGCGCACACACACGAUCCACCCCGCACGCACACACACACGCACACACACACACACGAUCCACCCCGCUCACACACACAGAUUCCUUCCCCAACACAUACGCACAGACAUAUUACACCUGACGCAUAAGCAGACAGGCCUCUGCACAAGCACACACGGACCCUGCCCACCUAUACUUAUCACCCUCUGCACUCCCUCCACAGAUAUGCGCACCCACACAAACGUCCCUUUACACCGACACCCCACACAGGAAACCCCCUAAAUUUUUCCCCUCAUACAGACACCCAAACAUCCCCACCACUCAGAUCCACAUGCCUUUCCAUGGGUGCAUGCCCCCAGCAUUCCCAAGUCAACAGUUUGCAAUUGGUGCUUCUGGCUUCUAAUGUAUUUGAGUAAGGACUCACCUGUGCACCCUAACCCAAGUACGUUCAUUAGAAUGUCUUUGGCAAUGAAAUGGUGUUCACCAUGGAAAUGGUUAGGUUUGUUCUGGCUUAGCAAUUGAUUCUUGUCAUUUCUGGGUCAGAUGUUAUGCUAAGGCCUCUGCCUGCCUGAUCUAAUGAUGAGCAUGCAACGGCUUGGAGAACUGCCCUAAGAGCUUCGUAGUUCUGCCCUUUCAAUAUCCACCCCUCAAUCAAUCCACUCUGAAGGUAAAGCAUUUAGCUGCUCGAGUGUUUCGUUGUUAUAAUUGAGACUUCUGCAUAAAUCAGCAUGUGGCAUUUGCCUGCCCGGUUGUCAUUGCACUUCGAUUAAAUUCGUUGUCUGGCAGGCACUUUGGAACAUCCCAGGGGCUGUGAAAGGUGCUGCAUAUAUGCAGGUUUUCUUACUAUGCCCAUUUUGAGAUCUGUGCAGUUUUGUUUUCAUCGGCGCAGCCACUGCUGAUGCAAGGUGUUUAGGAGCCUUUCGCCAACACUAUCUGUGUGGUUCACACUUUUUCACUGGUCCCAGUCACCUUGCCUGCAGUUUUGUGUAGCCCUCAGGAAGAGUGAAGUCACUUGGGAAGGACGGAGACACAGGAGUCUUCUAUCCAUCAUGGACCAGACAGUGUUUGGAGUUGGCGCUUUGUUCCUUUGUAGCCAGUUUAGCCCUGCCUCAGUGCCUGGGUGUCCUUUGACCAUGCUUUCAGUGUCCUCCAGCACUGAAGGAUACAUUUGCAUCCUUUAUUGCUACUCUACCCUCUGAAGCUUUAGCAGAGAAAGCUGCGCUGUAGUUGAAAACUUGCUAAAAUGAAUAGUGACAGAGGCAGCUGGAGUGGAGGUGGUUUGGAGAAUAUUACCCAGGUAUCUGUUAGGGCAAAGAGAACAUUCACUUAAUUUGAAAUGUCAGGGGGAAGCCCUGAUCAGUGACGGAAUAGGAUGUACACCUGUCUCAGUUGAGACAGGUCUUUCUAAUUUAAUUUAUUCACAUGUUGUUGCCAACCUCCUGUUGCGCAGCCCUAAUUGCCCUUGAGUUGGUGGUGGGGAGCCACCGACUUGAACCACUGCAGUCCAUGUGGUAUCAUUGCACCCUCAGUGCUCUCAGUUGGAACUUGCCAGGAUUUUGACCCUUAAAGAAGCGGCAUUGAGAGACCUGUAGAUGGUGGUUUUAGCACAUGCCUGCUGACCUCUUUAAACUCAGUGGAGGCUGCCAGCUCAGGCGAUCGCCUUGGGACGUUUUUUAAAAAAAAAGUGUUCUGGGGAUCAGCUGGGCGAAAAUCUCUUUGAUUGGCACCUGACGUUCUGCAAUUUCUUACCCCCUUUUUUUGAAUUACUUCAGAGUUCUUUGUCCGCUGUCAGUAAUCCUUCUAGAUAAUAGUUAACAUCUGCAUUGCAAGGGGAGACCUGCUCCAGUGGGGAAUGUGACAAUCAUUCAGAGCUUCUAAAAAGUUGGACAGAAUUUUCCUUACGAGAAUGACAUGAUAACUUCCCCUCCUGAAAUUUCCUAGCAUGCCAGGGAAGCGCUCUGGUUGUUAACGAAUGCACAGUUGUGGUUUCUGCGAACGGUGAGGAAGCAGUGGCUAGUGCAGUGUGCGAUGGGUUUCCUGGUUUCCCUGCUAGUCUGAAUGGUUUAGCGUUAUUGGCACUCCCUUCAUUCUAAGGCUAAGUGUGACCUGCAGGCAAAAACUCAACCUGCUGUCAGUUUUGAUUUUGGGUUUGGAUUUAGGUGGCUGGGGAGAGAUGGGAGGAGGAGACUUGACGACCUGGUGCUCAGUUUAGGCACAAAGAGUUUUAUAAUUGUACGUGUUUGCCAUCAGAAUGUCACCGUCAAAUAAAAAUUUAUUCAAAUGUUCGAAUUCUGUAUUAUAUUUAAUGACAAAUGUGCAUUGUGGUGUUUGAAGGCUUGUGACUUCCUGAAGACUGUAUUUGCCAGGAGGAAGCAAUAUGUUGAAUAAAAUAAAGAUUGCAAGGAA